UUGGCGUUCCAGCUAGGAACCAAUCUAACUCAACUUCCUCGAAAGGACAACGCGCAAGUGCCUCAAUAUAACCAGAUAUCCGAUAUACCAGAAUGCGAUUACUUUGAUACAGUUGACUUAAGGGAAUCCACAAGAUACCCCAAUGGAUCAUUUCAAUACGAGAAUCUGAUAAUUCCAGCCGAGCAAACUGGUGAAUAUGACUACGAAAUUCUGGUGGAUGGUGAAAAGGAGUCGGUGAAAAAGCACCUGCGAGGAUGUGCCUGUAAACUGGGCGCCUGUGUGCGAUUCUGUUGUCAUAAAAAUCUGUUUCUGGUUCAGGAUCAACGCACCUGCAGCGGUGAUAUAAGCAGGGCAGUUGACUUUGAUCCCUAUGUGAGCAUUACUCAAAGCGAUGGCAAACAGGUGAUUAAACAUAUUCUCGAUGAUUUUAUCGUACAACGACAUCUGCCCGUUCCUUGCGCGGCACAUCACCAUAUGGAUGCUGAGAAUGAUAAAAAUCAUAAUUGGACACUGUUCGAGGAUGGAACUUUACAACGUCACUCUGAUAAAAUAAAUAUGUCGAAGCAGGAAUACUGCCUACAGCCUCAUCCAAUCAAGACUGGCGAAAAUGAGACAAUAAUCACACUAGUGCCACACAUGUGCGCGGUUACAGUUCCUAGUCAAUGGCUCCAACAUAUACUUAGAGUGCUCUCGAUAAUUUUUUUAAUCCUUACAAUUAUCGUUUACCUUUCGCUGUCGAAACUGAGAAAUCUACACGGAUAUUGUUUCAUCUGCUAUAUGAUUUGCAUUGCUUUGGCAUUUGCAUUGCUACAAGUUGAUUCUUGGGGAGAUGAUUGGACAUUAGCGGGCUGUAUGGUAAAUGGCUAUGUGGGUUACUUUGCCGUAAUGGCUGGCUUCCUUUGGCUGACUGUCAUCAGCUAUGAUCUGUGGACCUGUUUUCGUAGCAACAACUACAACAUUCAACGAUAUACGCCAAAAUAUCGCUUCUUAAUAUACAGUAUAUAUGCAUGGGGAGUUGCUGCUCUGCUAACGAUCACUGUAAUCGUACUCGACCAAGUCUUGGAUGUUGAUGAUGAAGAUCAAACGCUAUGGAGGCCGGGAGUUGCCUUUUACAGUUGUUGGGUUAAUACAAUGGAUUGGUCGGCGAUGCUUUAUUUCUACGGUCCAAUGGCACUUCAGAUCAUUUUCAAUUUAAUAAUGUUUACAUUAACGGCUCGUGGUAUUCUUCGGGUGAAGAGAGAGCUUCAAAGCGUUGCAACAAAAAGCGAAAAAUCGCAAAAAUUUUAUCAAAAAAAAUACACUCUAUUUGUCCGCCUAUUUGUCAUUAUGGGCGUGGCCUGGACCUUCGAAAUCCUCUCAUAUCUGUCGAAAAUAUUAGAGUAUUCCGCGCUUGAGAUAAUCUUCGAAAUCUUCGAUUACAUUAACUGUGCCCAAGGAAUAAUUAUAUUCGGAAUGUUUGUUGUGAAGCGCAGAGUGUUGAAACUCAUUUUAAGCCGAUUUCAUCAAGAGGACCGAAGGAUACGACACACUGAAAUGAGCUCAUUUCGAACAUAUAAAUUCAGCCGAUCCCAAGUUCAUCGAAACAGAAAUUUUCCGAGCCUUAAGGAAACAUAUAAAGUUUUGCCGUUUUAGAAGCAUCAAGAUCUUAAGUUGACUUUCGGUUAACAAAGAAAAUUCGUUUAAGAAUCUUGUUUGUAACGACAAAUUUAAAUAAUCGAAGCGUGCACUUUUUUAUUAGUAAUAUUUAAUGUCUUAUGUGUAUAUUGUUUUUAUAGUGAACUAUUU